AUGUGGCACCAACAUUUGUGUCUUAUUGGCAUCACGACAGGAUCCCUGUUGCUUAUUGAGUCAUGGUUGUUGAACCGGAUACAGUUACCCAGUUUGCUGGAACCUGAUAUUCCAGACCUGAAAUUAGAAAUCACCAGACGCAUUCGUGCUCGUGUUGAGAAAAGGGCGGUUGGACAGUUGAUCGGUUCUUCAGUAUGCAUAGCAUAUUGGACUGGGGCAUAUUUAAUCUCGUUGUUCCCUCUAAAACUAAAGCCCCGCCUUUAUCGGAUAGUCUCCGCAACCGGAUUUCUUACUUGGCACUUGAUAAUUCAACCAUAUCUGUUCGCCUCGUUGUUCUACAGCAUAUAUGUCAUGCUCCUGGUACUGGACGAUGCUGCACUCUUGAGAGACAAUCUCCAGGACCAUUGGACAAAUGCCCUUAAUCACUUAAGGCGGAGCAACACAUCAAUCGACAAAGUGUUGUUUUACACGACCUACCUGGAAAACCUGCAGCGGACGUUCCGUUGUUGUGGAGCACUGUCGCUCUCAGACUGGGACGGAGCUGACCCUUUGCGUGAAGGGCUGAAUUCCACCUGGUUUUCACAUAAACAUGGCUUCUACCCUUGGCAGAGCACUGUGGUCUACAUUCCACCCAGUUGCUGUGACCCACAGCGCACCUCAACAUGCUCAAAAGUCGACUUGCUGGAACGUCACCGGGAGCUUGUGGACCAACCCCAACACUCUUAUUCACAGUGGGUUCCCGUCCACUUUAACGGAUGUGUGGAGGUAAUGACGGAACUAAUUGGCGCUGAACUAACCGGAACUCUGAUUCAGGUAUUUCUGAUCAACAUAGCGCUUCAUGUACUCCAAACCAUUGUUUGUUAUUGUGGAUGGUAUGUCCGAAAACCGAGCGCUUCGUUGCAUUCGUCGCGUGUAUCAUCAAAUCGAAACCAGUCGGCUGCUGUGAACGAGGACAAGGAUUUUCUUUCGGUUGUCAACAAUGAUGAUGUGAUUACUGAUGAAGAGGAGGGCGACGACGACGAAGCGAAGGAGGUGGACGGACUGGAAUCUGUUGCCCAGCUUGAAGAAGAAACACCGACCAAGCUGAAUGAGGGUGAGAUAUUGGCACCGGUUUCAGAGGCAAAAAAUGAUCAGGAUCUGUUGAAUAAACAUUUACCCUUUCUGGUGAGAAAGAUCACACUCGGUCCCAAAUCGAUUCAACCUCUCCCACUUUUCCAUGGGAGACUUGGCUAUAUAUCCAACAAAAAGCUUAUGCUAGCUUGCCAAGGUAUGGCAAUGUAUGGACGUCUUUCUUUGAUACAGCAUGCUUUCAGAAAAACCAAGGUGAGGUGGAUAGAGAAUGGAAUUAGAAUCGGGUGGUGUUUGCGGGACCGCGAUGAUGUCUAUGCAACGUUUCUACGACCCAUCAGGUGGAGCACGUCUCACUGUCCGGGACAGGUUGAAUGGAAUGGGUUGCGACACUGGUUGCGUCGUCGGCUGCCACUUGUUGAAGCUAUCCUCUACGCGGAUGGGAAUGUAAGACGUGAGAUAGAGGGAAAUGCUAUUUAUCGUUGCUUCACCAUCUGUGUGGUUCGAAUGAUUUGUUGUGCAGCUUUGGGUUUCCUAGUAUCGAUGACGCUGGUAAAAGCAUUUGUGCCGCCAUCCGAAGACGAACCUCCGGGUGGACCAAAGAAAAACAAACGCGAGGAGCAAGACCAAAAGGAUGCUUUUAUUGUGACCAAAGAAGUUACAUGGAUGACAAGUCUGCUCAUACAAACGACGAUCGUGUUGGGAGCAGUUGUAUCUCGGAGGGUUCGAUGUCUACUGUUCAUGCUUGUUCCCAGUCUGGGUCUCACAGUAGGCAAGUCUUACUUGGGAGCCGAAGUUUUGCACACAAUACUGACUGGUCCGACAUCGACGACCGAAAAAAAUUUACGAUCAGCCGCAGAGACAUUGGAAUGUCUGAUCAGCCUGUCUGCGAAUUUGACACGUGAAGCCAAAACUUUCUAUGAGGAUGCGAAAGAGAAUAUUGAAACGGAGAACACACAAAAUUAUUACGAAAUGGUUCAAGAAAAAUCCACGAAACUGACAGAAAGCAUUGAUACUUACAAGGAAUCGGCUGACAAAUUAAUGAAGGAGAUAGCCAAGUCCGAAGAGUUCGCCAGACGCGCCGAAGAGACAUUGCGAGGUGGCAGUAAGGAAGAAGGGGAAAGUACUGGCUACGAAGGAGUGGACAAGGUGGACCAGGCACGAAGAAACCGCCUCCUAGAAAUGACACAAAAAAUGGUUGAUAGAGACGGCAAUGCAACUGUGCUAACUAUGCAGCGAUCAAAGGAUAAAAUGAAAAAGAUGCUAUCCAAACUAUCAUCAGGGCCAGAGAUGUUCGAGAAUUUGAGUCAUCGCUUAGAGGCCGGGGCGGAUAUAGAAAGACUAAUCAAACGUCGAAUGACAGCUACCUGCAUGGUGUUCCAUAACACACGAGGUCGUAUAUGUAGCAUGGCGGCGGUGCACACAUGCGAUCGUUUGCAGACUGUACUCAGUCUUAUAUUGCUCUACCCAGUUUUGAUCAAAUACCCAUGCAUUUGGCAAGUUUCCAAAGGUGUUGCAUGUCCAACCAAUGAUGCCAUCGACGCGGCGGUCGAGCAGUGCGGAUCAAGCGGGUCCAACAUUGGCAUGGGCCCUGGGUUUGGUGCCAUGUUCUACCAGUCUGCAGAAUCCUUGAAUCAACUAAGAGAGACGUUUCAUAUGCAAAUUAGAGUAGGACUUGACAAAUUGCCCAAUAUGCUUGAUGUUCUUUCAUCCAAACAAUCAGCUGCCUUGGAAGUUGCACAAAAAACCAGACAGGCUGUGACAAUCCUGUUGCAAAUAGGGCUGCUUGCGUCCACACUGUUGAAGUUGUUGGCACUGGUGGUGUUCCGCAAGGCAAACAUGUACAUCACUAAAUACUUGUCAGAUCUAGACUUUGAUAACAUGUAUAUAGGAAAAAGUUUCGAAGCAAUCGAUGCGAAACGCAUUAAAGAAAACCGGGAAGUACUGCUUCCGCUAAAGUCCCAAGAACGGAAAACUGUUUUCUGGCGCAGGAAAGCCUACACGAAAAGUGAAUUAUCCAAGGCAUUUGUUGCCGGCCUGAAAUCAUUUGGUUUCGGAGCAGUUUUAUGUGUUAUGUUCCUGAUCGAUAAGUUUAUUUUUGAAACUAUCGGAUUGUUGGAUGAGGCCACCAGUGCUAGUGUUGAGGUUGGAAAAAAACAGAGUGCAUCGGAAACACAACAGCAAAGUGAGCCAGAGCCACCUACGAUUGAGGGAGACGGAAUAUUUCGAGAGCUGAUUUUGAACACCAUAAUAAUCCUGACAAAGAUCAGUAAGAUUGAUUUAGGUUUUGACCUCAGUGCUUGCAGUCCUCGGGUACAGGUCACAUCACAGUAUUACACGUACCGGUUCGUUGUGCUUUGGGUCUGUAUGCUGAUAGUUGGUUUCUUUUCAGGAUAUCUGCUUCGUUUGCGCCACAUUAUUAUGGAUUUCUUCUAUCCUUUCCGUCAGCGUCGAAGAGCCAUUCACUUAUACAAUCGUCUUCUGGUCAACCGACGUCGUCAUAUGACGAUGUGUCGCAAUUUACUUGUUCAUCAUACGCGGCAAAAUCGACUACAGAAUGAGGCACGCGAGAAGUCAAGUGCAAUGGUCUUAUAUGAAAAAAAUCCAAGAUUGGCCAAAUUUUUGGGUCAGGACAAGGUGACCUGUAUUCUUUGUUUGGACAAAUUCAAAAUCGGCCCAAGUGUAGUUAUUUGUCCAUAUGACGACGCUGCUAUGUGUUUAACUUGCAAGGGAUCGGUGUUUCCAGACACGAAUACGUGUGUUAUCUGUCUUGAUCGUGAUAUAAUUAAACUCUUUGAAGAAAAGCGACGUGUGUUAAAUGUAAAAAGAGAAUGCAUUGCCAAUAUCGACGAAAGCGACGUGGAAACUGAGGUGGAAUCAUUGGCAGGCUCAGAGGAUGAUCGAACCAAUGAGAAACGGUCUACGGAUUCACAACAAGAAGUGAAGUAUGGAACAAAAAGCUUUGCUAAAAAAGAUGUCUGAACAGUUUUGAAUUACGCAUUUCGUCACCUUUAUACUAUUGUUUCAAUGUAGACUUCACUGAUGUUCGCUAAA